ACACACUACUAAGUAUCUCUAUUUUUUGUGCAUAUUUUUCCAAAAUUACAGUUACAGGAUUGACAAUAUAUUUUUUUAACUUUUAAUGCCCAUCAUAUGUCUCAUAUUGACCCUCAUGCAUGCAUUAUAAAUUAAGCUUCAUAAUUCCCACAUUACUGGCUGUACUGGAAAUUAAACCAGAAGUCUGGGACAGUCGGAAGCCUUACGUUACAUAGGCUACUUGUGAAAACAGCCUAUUAAUCAUUGCCAUAGGUUACAUAUUUGCAUAGACAAGCCUUUAAUGUAACUCUUCGUUAAGAGAAUAAUUAUGAAAAACACGACCACUGUAUGGGAUUGGCAGCACAAGGCAAACAGUAAAUAACUGCUUUCUCUCUCUGUCCUUGUUUCGUUUUCAGUCAAUAAGAGACAACACUGACUGAUUAGAGGGUUAUUAGCCUAACGCUUCCGACAUCUGCACCCAUCUGUGUCUCCUUGGUAACCGUUUAUGCUUCGCUUUGGUCUGCCUAUGGCCUUUGCAGCUGUUAACUGCAGAUGCGUUUCUGCAAGACGAUCGUUUCCGUUAACUAACAAAACAAAGAAUCAGAGCAUGACGGAAUAGAAUGUAUGUUGUGGGAGAAGAUGAUUCGAUUUUAUUGUUUUCAUGAAGAAUUUUGAAAACGAUCAAGCCCUGUGCAGGUACGUUAACGUUACGUCAGCGAGUGUUAGCUAGCUAGCACAGACAAACAGCGAAAUAGGUGUUGAUCAGGUAAAGGCAGAGAAGGAUGAUAGACAAUUAUCAAAUGUAAUAACGAUAACCGAUAAUCUUAUCAAUUAAUAUCUUACCUAACGUUAAAGAUCAGAUGUUGUCUAAGCAGUCAGAUGCAGCAUGCUGGUGUAAAACGUUACCUUAACGUCAGUUUAUGACAAACCUCUUUUUACUGUCUAUGGACAAAACAGAUACUGAAAUAUUUAACAUUAAGGAGUUGUGUUGCGUUGCCAUUUUAGAUGGGAGACAUUUAGGCAACAGCUAGGUAACUUGGUAAUGUUAACCUUUACUAUCGACCAUAAUGUUAACACAGGAAACAAAUGCAAUGUUUGAGAGAUAGAUAACGUUAUAAAGCUAUCCUAGUGUUCGGUGAAAGAAAGCACAGAAGCUGGCGUGCUAGCUACCCUGACCGUUAGCUAUUCGAAAGUUGCUUUUAUCCUAGCCUAACUUUCAGACUGUGGCGAUGCCUAAACUUCUCCAUUACAUAAAUAUGGUGAAUUAAACAACUCCAAGUCCAAGUAGUUUUUGGAAUAUAAGUUGUUGCUGGGUACAGUAGAAAUCCCUCGGCCUUGCUGGAGCACAACAUUUCUUGACAAAACUUAAUACGCAGUGUUUAACUUAGCAAUGCUGACUGUAACAUAACGUUACGUUCAUUAACGUGUAUUAAUGCAUGAUGAAAGAGGCUAGCGUUAGGCCCUUUUCUGUAAUGGCAUGCUAGAAGUUGUCUGAAAAUUACCGUCGUUUUGAAACAAGCAGUGGGUUUAACAAGUAGUGUUUCAGCAAGCGCAGAAAGUAGCUACCUAUAAUACAAUUUAGGAUUAAAAUAUCCAAUACGCUGUUGUAAAAUCUGCUUAAUAGUAUUAUGGGCAUUGGAAGUCAUAUUGGGUUGGCAUGAUAAUCAGCGAGUAAUUUUCCAGCGGUCUCCAUAGCUAUUGGAGACUACAUUAUAGGACUGAAGCGAUUAAGUUAAAUGGUGUAUUUGUUUUCACCUCUGAAGGAAAGGCAUAAUCUAGGAGUUACCAUUAACUGACCGUCGUUAGUUGAACACACUUAAUGUACCGCAUUACAUUGAUUAACGAGAGAUUACGAGAGACGUUUUGGGUAUCAGAUAAUUAAAUGAGAUUUAAAAAGACCCUAACUGAACUUGUCAGAAUUUAUCCAGGAUCCCAAUUAUGAUAUCAGUCAUUCAAAGGAGUGCCAAUGUUAUGUUUGUAGGCUAACAUUUUAUUUUGGAAAUGCUAUCAGAAAUUUGAGUCAUUUGAGUUUACACACACACAGGCUAUUGUUUAGAUUUUGUUGAUAGGCAACCGAGAGGGCUGACAGGAAUAGUAGAACGCUGUUUUAUGGCAACAAUGCAUUUUUAUAAAGCUAAUGUUUACAUCCGAGCUCCAAGGAGACAGGCUGGUUUAUCUCAGCGUUCAAGGACUUACACAUAUCUCUAGGCAGAAUGAACCAUUACCAGCUCCUCUACACAGGCAGAGGGUACCCAGUUUCCCCAUUCCCCCUGAAACAUAUCACCAUGCCUGGGCAGUUCUCCAGCAGUGAGGCCCCCCUGUCAGGACUGCUUCCUUCUCCCACCUGGGGCCCGGGCCAUGUUCACCCCUUUCACUUCCGGGCGCGCAUUGAACCCGUUGACUGGCGCCGGGUCGGGGCUCUGGAUGUGGACCGCGUUGCCAGGGAGAUGGACAUCAGGCUCCUCCAGGAGCACAUCACUGCAGUGACCUUUUGCGAUGUGAGCGGCGAGAGGUGCCCCCAUUGUCGGGGCUCUAUUGAUCCCGCCCUGGUGAAGGUCCUGCGCAUAUCGCAGCUCAGCACAGAGUACCUGUUGCACUGCCAGGACUAUCUGAGCGCCCAGCUUAGCAGCCUGGAGGAGAAACUUCUGGGGGCGCUCUCCGCCGUGGAGCGGGAGGCUGAGGAGAAGGCCAAGCUGGACACCGAGCUGCAGGCUGAGAGGCUGGAGAGCAAACGCAGGAAGAAGAUGAUCUCCACCCAACAGCUCCUCCUGCAGGCUGCCGCUAACAACUACCACAAGUGCCAGUUAUGUGAGAAGUCCUUCGUAAACUACUCCUACCUUCAAGCUCAUCAACAGCGGAGGCAUCCGGAGGCCACAGAAACAGAGAAGCAGAAGAAGAGGCAGAUGGAGCAGGUGGAGGAUGGCAUGGAGGAGCUGAGGGAAAGGCUGAGGCUCAGCCAGGCUGCCCUCGAUACCGAGAGGGAGGCAGACGCCCUGAGGAAGAACCAGGAGCUGGAGGAGCAGAGGAGGAAGGAGGCCGCAGAGCGCCAGGAGCUGGACCGAUGGAAGGAUGAGGAGAGGAGGAAGGUCUAUCAGGAGAUGGCCGACCUCAAGCAGCUUUUCAUGCAGGAGCUGAGAGACAUUGCCAACAAGAACUCCAGCAUUGAGGCCAAGCUGGAUGCACUGCAGAGAAGGGAGGUGCCCAUGCCGGAUAUACGUGUGUCAAGAGAGGAAGAUGAUGUGCUGGAGAGGAGGGAGGCUCGAGAGAAUGAGCUGAGGGAGAAGAUGGUGCGCCAGAAGAGUGAAUGGAAGAAGAGAGUAAAGGAGCUUCAGAACAGCCAUCAGCUGGAGAGGGUGGAGUUGCAGAGACAGAAUGAGAGGCUUCUGCGGUCUGCAUCAGAGGGCCAGAGCUCAGGCCUGCAGGAGCUUCAGCAGCAGGUCAACUCCCUCUCCUCCCAGCUCCGCAACAAGGACCGCCUCAUCCACGCCCAGGAAGACAAGAUUAAGAAGCUGUCUACAAAAAAACCAACAUCAGGUCCAGCACCACCUAUUAGACAAGAUGCUCUAGAAUCAUCGGAAGAAGAUGAAGAUGAGGAAGAGGAAGACGAGGAAAUGGAGCUGAUGGACCUGAUGGAGGCCAGGCGCCUGCAUCGAGAGUCUUUGAAGAAGAACCCUGACAUGCUGAGAGAGUUCAGGCCCAUCCUGCAGGACAGCCUGGAGGCCAAACUGGAAAGCAUGGGGUUGAGAAAGGGAACCAAGGGCAUCUCCAAGCAGACGCUUAAGAAUCUGACCUCGCUGUUGGCUGGGCAGAGACAGCAGAAGGGCAGGAAGGACCCUACCCUGCAGGGCGUCAGAGAGAAGGUCCAGGCAGAGGUGAACCGCCGUGUCAGCCGUGAACAGAACAGCCAGAGCACUUCCAAAGGCACCUCUCAGAAACUGAAAGCAAAGCUCAAUUCUACUGGCAGUUCAAAGGAGAAGAAUGUGAAGCCGAAACAAACCAUUGUGAAAUCUGUUCCAAAACGACGGAAGAGUCCUGCUCCUCAACCUACCCCACGCUCCAAAGUACUUCAGACCCCACACUCUCAAGUUAAGAAGGGCAGCACCCCACCCUUCAGUUCAGAGGAGGACUCAAUAGGGGACAGUGCCUACAUCACCAGCCCCAGUAAGCCCACUGCCUCAGUUCGUCUGGUGCAGUCCGGCCCGCAGCAGAGUGCCCCGCAGGGCCCCUCCAGUGCUCCCACAGAUGACUGGUCAGACUCAGACCUCUCAGAAGGAGUUGCUGGGACCCAGCAGGGCCUGAGCACCCAAGGGUCAGUUGUCCAAACGCUCACAAGGAGCCUGGAGAGACAGCUUAUCUCUCCGCUGAGCAAACCUGUGGGAGGGGUUAGAGUCAUGCCACCAGCCACCAAUGCCACGCCCAAAGUCAAGUCAAAGAGUGUGGUGAAAAAACUCCAGCUGUCAGAUGAAGAGAGUGAUCUGGAGCUGUCCUCCAUAGAGGAGGUGUCUGCUGGGCCGGUGGGGGUGCGGAGGAGCUCAGACAUCGGGGGAACCUCAGGCACCAGCAUCUGGAGCUCCUCCUCAGCCAGCCGCCCGGGAGGGUGGGCCGGCCUCUGAAGCCUUGCCUUUAGCUUCAUAGGUACACACAUGCACAGCAACAUGUAGCACACCAACACGCAUACUCAGACAGGCGUAAGAACAUGCCAACCCACGCUGUUAAGAAAACAAGAUGGUACUUCUUAUUUCACAUUUAUGCUAAAUUAUGUGUAGUUUGUACAAAUAAGCUGUAUGCUUAAAGGGGGUGAGCAAUAAGUUAAAAAGAUAUAUUUAGUCUGCGUGUUCCCCGUAAAGGGAUUUUUAGCACAGGGAAUUUUUCUACUAUGUUUGCAUGCAUUGUCUAGGAUUGUCUGUGAUUUUUUGUUUAUAUGAACAAUUUGUACUUCAGCUACAUUAUUUUGAUAUUUAUAAAGCACUAAUUAUGGUACUUUGUUU